UUUGACCUGGACCUGGGCCUGGGCCUGCCUUCACCUCUCUGGUGCUUAUCGGAGAUGGGUUUGCUUCUGCCUUCAUUAGAGUAGGAACUAAGAACAGAACCAUGGCAUUAGUUUGCAGAGUUUUGUCAGCAGCGAGGAGGAGUUUACAACCCAAGGCUUUGGCAAUUUCUAGUAGCUCUCAGCGAUGGUUGAGUAACCAAACAAGUUUGCUUCAGAGGUUGGUUGAGGAACCCAAUUCACGCAUCAAAAGCAUACUUGGUUCCCAGGAAUUCUCUGCCCUCCAAAGCUCUGAUUUUUCCUGGGAAACCCUCCUCACUUCUCUCGCGUCUUCUUCCUCUCCUGAUAAAUCUCGCUUGUCAGGUUUUGGAGUGGAAAUUGGAGAACUUGCUUGAGGAGAAUGAGAAAGAUCAUGAUCGGUACUCUGAGCUGAUAUCUCUGUGUGGGAAAAUUCAGAAUCUCCCACUUGCAAUGCAAGUCUUUACUUCUAUGGGGGCUAAUGGAAUCAAACCCACUUCUGCUAUUUUCAAUUCCCUUGUGCAUGCCUGCUUCUCUUCAGGUAAUGUGUUGACAACUUUCAGCCUAUUUGAGAUAAUGGAGAGCUCAGAGGGAUUUAAACCCAAUUCUGACACUUAUGAUGCAUUCAUGUCUGCAUUCUCAAAGUUGGGCAAAGCUGAUUCCGUGCAAGCUUGGUACUCUGCCAAGAAGGCUGCUGGAUUCAGUUCUGAUGUUCAAACCUAUCAAACUCUGAUUUCCGGUUGCAUCAAAUUGAACAAUUUCAAGUUGGCUGAUUGGUUCUAUGAAGAAAUGGUAUUAUCAGGGCUCAUGCCCAACUUGCCCAUAUUGGAGAAUAUGCUGGAAGGGCUUUGUAAGAGGAGGAGCUUUGAUCAAGUUAAAGAGUUUAUGAAGAUAGUGUUGGAUGCUGGGUGGAAGAUCAAUGAGAAGAUGGCUGAGAUGGUUGUGGGGUUGUAUAUUGAACUUGGGAUGGUGGAGAAAUUGGAGGAGCUACUUGUAGAUUUAAUGGAGACCAAUCAAGUCUCAGAAGUUUUGUUGCUGGUCCACUGUGGGAUUAUAAGGUUGAAUGCCAUGUUGGAUAGAUUGGAUGAUGUAGAGUACUCUGUGGGGAGGAUGCUGAAACAAGGAGUGUCAUUUAAACAUCAUGACGUUGUUGAAAAGGUAAUCUGCUCGUACUUCAGGUGCUCGGCUCAUGAUAGGCUGGAGCUGUUUUUGGAACGUCUGAAGGGUUCUUAUGAACUUACAAAAUCAACUUAUGAUCUGUUGAUUGCUGGCUAUCGAAGAGCCGGGUUAUCUGACAGGUUGAAUGAUAUGAAAUGUGUUGGGUUUUCGUAGCAUCUGUUACAGCGGUCCAUUUGAUGAUGAGAGGAAAUGUAAGCAAAUCCUCUGUUCUGUUCGUAUCAACCAAAAGGGUUCCUAUUGGCAUACAGGAAAAUCAACCACAAUAGAGGAAGGUCAUCAGUCAUGAUCAAAUCAACCACCUGCCGAUAAUUUGUGAAAACCCUUUCAAGUUGGAUUUUGCAGUUUGCAAAAAAGGAUGGGAGUUCAAUCACAAGCUUCAUUUUUCAAUCCAAGAAAAACAAGAUUAUCAGUCCUUGGACCAAAUACUCCAAGAAGACCCUACCGGACCUGCGGAAAAAAAAAAAACAAAAAAAAAAGGUGUUCCAAGAAGAAGACAGGAUCCUACUACUCUUGAGACUUAUAUUCUGUGCACCAAGCAUUGCUGUCAUCUACCCAAAUUUUACAUCUUUCUCUGUAUCUUUUUACUUUUUAAUUGGAGCAUCUCCUAGUAGAACACUGCCAACAAGAAAAAUCAAUCAACUUGUAUGUGUCAAUGUGAUGUUUGUGGUCCCCCUCCACUAAUUUGAACAAUUUUGUUCAAUCUGUAUUGUGACCUUGAGAAGUUGAAAAGAGAACAAAAAGAGAAACUCAGAAUGGGUGAGUUCUAGAGCCUCAUAACUUUUAUGAUUGCUCUUGCAUCAGGAGCAUCCACGGUGAAGAACUUCCAUCUUCUCCAGCCAACAGGGAUACCGUGGUGGCAGUAUUUCAAACCAAUUAAGCAUUGUCACAUAGAAAAGUUGCAAUGUGUGAUUAAUUUGGGAUAUCGUUACCGUGGCAUCCCGGUUUACGAAUGUUUUUUGAGCUUCCAUAGACCCAAAUAUCUGCCCUUAGCACCCAUAUCAGACAAUGGAACCUCUGUAGUGGCCAAUAGGCCUAGUGAGACAGUGGAAGGUGAACUGGAUUUCCACUUCCAACAUCAGCAACAACUAGUUACUGUCUUACUGAUCACAUGAUCACAUGUCACUGCCCCAUUCAACAUUAGAUAAAUAAAAUACGCGAUGGUUAGUUAGAAAAAGAAGUUUAGAAAAUUAUAAAAUGUCGUUCACGGGCUCUGCUCAAUUAUGUCCUGUCUAUCUAAUAUUAUAAUUUAUAUCUACCGCCGAAUUUUGUUGCUAAAUAUUCUCUCUGAGACUCCCUGUGAAGUGUUUAUACAUCUAAACCAAAAUCUAUCUUCACAACCAACAAUGUCUUCACCACCACCAUGGUCACUGCCUCCAGCUGCUUCUCCAGUAACUACCCCACCAUUGCUACUGCCAUUGUCACCGUCGUUGCCGCCCCCAUUGUCACCGUCAUUGCCGACCCCAUUGCCUCCGUUGUUGCCGCCACCAUUGCCACAGAUAGCACCAUUCCCAUCCCCACCUUCUUUACCCACUACUCCUCCUGCCCUGCCACCUAUACUCAACUCUGUCCCUCCUCCUGUGUCCUCACUGCUACCGCCUCCUCUAACAUCUCCACCGCCUCAGCUUCCACCAUUGCCAGCUCUGUUGCCACCAACAACUUUCACUCCACCACCACCACCACCGUCAGUAGUCACCUCUCCACCUCCACCUUCUUCACCACCAAAAACUCCAUUGCUAUCCAAACCUUCUCUACUGCCACCUCCAAACCCGCCAUCACCAUCACCAACACCAACACCACCACCACCACCACCACCACCACCACCACAUGUUUCCCCUCCAACAACCCCAUCAACCCCUCCCCCACCACCUACAUUGGCAACAACUAUGCCACCAGCAACUCAGACACCGCCUUUAGAGAGUCCAAGCCACGGCUCUUCCCCACCUGCAUUGCCCCCUAGUACUCUGCCGCUGCCGCCCACAUUGCCCAGCACCCUGCAGCCACCCUCAUCUAACAAAACUAAUACUACAAACCUACCUCCAACAACAUUGCCAAUGCCACCCCAAUUAAUGCUUCAUCCACCACUAUCUUCCUCACUGCCAGCCACCAUGCAAGUUCACAACCCAAACCCAAGACCAAAUAUGAGCACAGCUCUCAUAGCUGGAUCAUGUGUCAUUGGUGGACUUGUUGCCAUUGUGCUUCUGCUUGCCAUUAUAUUUCUUGGUUACAAACAUAGGAGUAAAAACAACAGUGCCCUUUUGGAGGAUCAUCAUAAAACACCAUCCUUUUGCCCAAAAGAUGAUUGUUAUGCUGUUCCUUCACCAGGGGUCCAUGUUAUCAGGGUGCUAUCUAGAACCUCUGUUCUGCAAUCUCCCAUGAGCCGCACUGCUGGUUCUGCUUCAAUCAUAUCCCGGUCCGAGAUCCCAUAUCCACUUCAAACUCAAGGGCCGGCUGGUUUUCCCUCAGAUGUCUCAAAUGGGAUUUUCACAUAUGAUCAAUUGGCGGUGGCCACCAAUGGCUUUUCAGAAGCCAACCUUCUUGGGCAAGGCGGUUUCGGGUAUGUCCACAAGGGUGUGCUUCCAAGUGGCAAAGAAGUUGCAGUGAAGCAGUUGAUGACUGGAAGCCGGCAAGGGGAGCGAGAAUUUCAGGCUGAGGUUGACAUCAUUAGCCGGGUUCAUCACAAGCAUCUAGUUUCCUUGGUUGGGUACUGCAUUAGCGGGGCGGAGAGGUUGCUUGUGUAUGAGUUUGUUCCAAACAUCACCUUGGAACUCCACUUACAUGGAGAAGGGCAGUCUGUUCUGGAGUGGGAAACCAGAUUGAUAAUUGCUACUGGGUCUGCAAAAGGACUAGCAUAUCUUCAUGAAGAUUGCAAUCCGAAAAUCAUUCAUCGUGAUAUCAAGGCAUCUAAUAUUCUUCUGGAUGAUAAGUUCGAAGCAAUGGUUUCUGACUUUGGACUGGCCAAAUCUUUCUCUGAUACCAACAUUCACAUGACUCACUUUUCCACUCGAGUUGUGGGAACAUUUGGGUACCUGGCUCCAGAGUACGCAUCGAGCGGUAAGGUGACAGACAAAUCAGAUGUGUAUUCAUACGGUGUUGUACUUCUAGAACUUAUAACUGGACGACCGCCUAUCAGUACAAUGGAAUCCAUGAGGAACAAGGGCCUGGUUCAGUGGGCCAGGCCAUUGCUCACUCAAGCCCUGGAAGAUGGUGACUUUGAUGCUCUUGUUGACCCAAGAUUGGAGAGAAAUUACAACAACAAUGAGAUGGCUAGAAUGGUUGCUUGUGCCGCUGCUUGUGUACGGCAUUCAGCAUGGCUUCGACCACGAAUGAGCCAGGUAGUCCACGCUUUAGAAGGAGUUGCUUCAUUGACGGAUCUUCGUGAAGGAAUGACACCAGGAAACAGCACAUUACAUAAUAGCUUGGGGAAUUCAUAUUACAGUUCCCAGCAAUACAAGGAAGAGUAUGGCAUCAGUAUGUACAGUGGAACUACCAGUGAGUAUGGUCUUAACCCUUCUGGCUCCACCAGCAGCGAGGCCAAGAAGACAUUCUGAAGUUGAGACACCAAAGCUUGUUUUAGAGGAAUGAUUUUUUAUUUGAUUUUGUGUUAUAUAUAUUCCAUUUUUUCAUUGCCUUUUUUGGUAAAUAAUUUAAUAGUAGCCCCUUUUUUACUGGGUUUGAUACAGUGGCUUUGCUUGUUCAUAUCUGUUAACUGUUGAGAGUUGAGAAUUUUUCACCAAAAAGGACCUCGUGUAAAGAACUGUGUAUUAAGAAGAGGUACUUUUGCCAUUAGCAAGGAACAGAUUGAAUCUCA